UCUUUUUGCUUUCCCUGAAGAAGAACCAACAUAUACUACCUCUAGGUAGAUGUCGCGCUGGCUGGCUUGCUGCAUAUAUAUAUGUUUCUUUUAUUUUAUUUUUUUCGUCUGGUACGCUGUGCGCUGGAAGACCAACGAGAAACCUGGAAAUCGCAAUCCAGUGUGCGCUCAGCACCGGGUCAAUACAACCUCUUGAAUGGCAUAUAUAAUUCUUGCUGGAUAGUUCGCGCUGUAGGGAAGCAAGUAGCAUAUCGAUGGUAAGAAGGGUGGGCUCAUGAAUUCAAACUCGGCUGCUUUGUAUGGAGUCUCGUAUACUUUUAGUCGCUCAAAAUAUUUGCCCAUAUAUUCUGUUCCCGCAUUUUUGACUGGUGGGAGAUCAUCGAAAUCAACUAAUGCUACCUAGGUAUGUAUGUCUGUGAGAAAGCACUCACCGCCAGCAACUACCAUCAUGACUCUGCCAAUUGGAACAUUGAAUUGAUUGAAUGCACGGCAAGUUUGAAGAAUCAGUUCAUCAAUCCAUCACAUUCAUAGAAGGAACCUUAGCCUUUCUUGCAUUGUAUAACAUAGCCUGGAACUUAGUCCAGAAAUUCCGAGCAUUCAAAUGUCGACAUUUGGAUGUUUGGUGUACCUGGUCACGUGCUACCUAAUCUCCAGGGUUGAGUGCGAAUGUUUGACCUGUCUCUGACAUCAUACCCACUCAACCCUAUGUUGCUCUCCCUUUGAGGACAUCGGACGAAUCUGCGCAAACGCUUUGAUAACCUCUGCAACUAUGGCCUCUCGAUUAUUUGCUUACCGUUACUCUUCCUUGGCUACGCGGAAGGUUUUGUUAAAUCGAAGUACCAGGAUCGUCCCAACAAGACCAUCGGGAUUCGCGACGCCGCAAAAAUGGUACAGCAAAAUCAUUAAGAAGCCGCCAGUUGCAGGUCAAAAUUCGCAAAAUGCAGAGCCACACUCGCUUUCUGCGCGACUAAAAAAAUUGACGCGCGAAUAUGGCUACACAGUUAUGGGGGUAUAUCUUGCACUUUCGGUCAUCGACUUUCCAUUGUGCUUCCUCGCCGUGAAGCUGCUAGGCGAAAAGAGGGUGGCACACGCGGAGCACGUAGUUUUUAAUGGUGCCAGGAACGCUUUUUAUAAGCUGUUCCCGAAUGCACCUGGAAAAGAAGAGGAUGAGAAAGCUAUCGUUAGCGACUAUGCGCCCGAUCAAGGUACCGAUGCUGUGUCGGAAGUUGACGCCACUAUUUGGACCCAACUCGCCCUAGCAUUCGUCAUUCACAAGUCCUUCAUAUUUAUUCGGGUGCCUUUAACGGCAGCGGUGACUCCAAAGGUUGUCAAAACACUGCGCAGCUGGGGAUAUGACAUCGGAAGGAAAAAGAAACAAAUGUCCCGACCCAAUUCAACAUAAAACAUUAUGAUCACAAAACUAAAUGAUUGCGCUGUAAUUCUUAGAUGUACCAGCUACCGAUAUGUUAGCUGCAUAAUCGAAGGCCUUAGAAGAUGCGACUGUGUAAAUAUAUGUGAAAGCGAGGUUGCAAGCAAAACAGGAUUACAUUGAGGUGUGCGUAGACAGCGAAAUCUACAUAUGUACCCAAAGAACUGGCAGUAGUAGAUCUCACAAUAUCGGUCCAUGUUCACAGGCUGAUUUAUCUAUCUUCAUACAACAGGCGAUGAUAUCAAGAAGUCACCAUCUGUGGCACGAACC